AAGCUUUAUCUAUGGCUAGGAAUAUAUUAGCGAUGUCGUUCCACGGUUUAGUGUUGGUAGGUGCGAUAUGUUUCGCGUAUUGGGCGACUGGUGCGAGCGCGCACUACGACACCGCUACGCCGUACACCCCGCCCUACACGAAGUACAAGUACAUACCCUUGCACAAUGACGUCGAAGAUGUCGAAGAUACACCAUCGGAGCCUAGUGAAGAAACGUCAUCAGGGAUGCCACCAUCAGAGAUUAUACUUACAGCGUUAAGAACAGCUCUAGAUAUUGUUAGGAAUAUUAAUAAAAAGAAGGCGGAGAUCACACCGAUCAUUACUAAUAACACAAAUUCAUCAGUUAUUAAGAAGCUCAGACGCAGAAAGCCGAGUAACGGCACGGCUGUCAGUGGAAGAGGUUUCGAAGACUACUACGACGAACACCACGAUCAUCACGACAUCGAAACGACGCCCAAACCCAUGAAACAGGGAAGGUACACCGACCCAUGGGCGGGAUACUAUGACUGGAUCAUCAAUGAAGGUUCCUUCAAAUUUUGGAGUGUGUUUCAAUUAUUUACUGCGGCCCUUCUGCUGUACGCGUGCUUUUCUGCCAUUUACUACGCAAAAUUCAACCCUAUUUUGCCUGACUACAGUAUGGAAUACGAUGACUACUUCCUAGAGAGAACCGUUGGCAGAAAAGCAAGGAGUGUGGACCCGUCUGAGACGCCAUCAGGGUUAAGUUGGAUCAGCCCUACUACGUUCCAAUUUAUUUUGAAUGCCAUAUCUCAACAUUACUUGGAGCAAUAAUUAUUAGUCAUUUUAUAUCAACUUCAAUAUAAGGAAACGACAGCAUAUCG